GAUUUUCCUCUACCUCUCGUGCUGCCCACCAUUGCCAUCUGCCACACCGACAUCUACACCUUUAAACAUAUUCAUUACUAAUUUUUCUAUCCAUAUUUCUAUUUAGAGGGAUGAUAAAGGAAAGAAAUUAAACAAAUAUAGAUAUUAGAGCAAAUCUAUUGAGAAGAAAUUGGGAAAGAAGUUGCUGACAUGGACAAAUAAGAAAGGGAGAAAAUAGUACUAAAAGCACUUGCCUUUUUACUUUUUGGAGUGUUUGGGUUACAGAAUCAAAAAAACAGCAAAGAAACCACACACACCUAAAAGAACAGAACCAACUCUCUCCCUUCAUGUAUCAAGAUUUCUCCAUUGCCACAUACAAACUUGUGGCUAUUAUUUCUUUGCCUUUAUUGACGUGUCAUCUCCAAACUCUUAAACCCUUUUAACCCUUUUCCUUCUCUUCUUCUUCCUAUGUAGUUUCAAAGUCCUAAAAAACUUAUAAGACAACAAACACCAAAGUAACCAAAAAAAUUUUGUUUUCAAGAAACAUAAAGUAGUUUGAUUUAUUUUUGGUUGUGUUAGAAAGAAAAGAGAAGAGUAAUUCAACAAGUUAUUGUUAUGUCUGAAAUAAGAGAUCCUGCUAUUAAGUUGUUUGGUAAAACAAUUGGUAUGACACAACAAGAAACCAAUUGUGUUCAUGAUCAUCAUACAAGUGCUUCAUUUGACAAUGAUAAGAUCGCUUUAGGAGGAGAACUUACACAAAGCAAACAAGAUGAUGUACUUGUCGAUCCAACUGCAGACUCUUCGGUUGAACCAGAAACAUCAUCUGGUAUAAGUGAUGACCUCAAGAUGCAGGAUGCAGAAAAAGAAAUAUUAUCGUCUAAAUCUAUCGAGGAGGAAGAUUCAAGUGAGGAAAAAACACUCAAGAAGCCUGACAAAAUAAUUCCAUGUCCCCGAUGUAAUAGCAUGGAAACAAAGUUCUGCUAUUAUAACAAUUACAACGUCAAUCAGCCCCGUUAUUUCUGCAAGAACUGCCAGAGAUAUUGGACCGCUGGAGGAACAAUGAGAAAUGUGCCUGUGGGUUCUGGCCGCCGCAAGAACAAAAAUUCAUCCACUUCGAUUUAUCCUCUUCAAGCAGGUCGGGUUGAAGCAGCACACGGAAUGCACCUUCCUGCUUUAAGGACAAAUGGUACUAUCCUUACAUUUGGAUCGGAUAAACCACUUUGUGAUUCCAUGGCUUCUGCAUUGAACAUAGCUGAGAAUUCACAUAAUAUGAAUCGAAACGAAUACUGUGGAUCCGAACGAAGAAUGCCUGCAAUUGCGAAUGAUCAAUCAAAUGGAACUUGUAGCACAGCCUCAAGUAUAACUGACAAAGAAAGCAAUUCCGGUCCACAUGAUUUAGCUAAUUGGAGUAAUUUCCAGCCAUUUUCUCCUCAAGUACCUUACUUUCAUGGCGCUCCGUGGCCUUAUUCUGGCUUUCCAGUAUCAUUCUAUCCAGCAACACCCUACUGGGGCUGCACCGUAGCAAGCCCUUGGAAUGUACCUUGGCUUUCUUCUGAUCAAUCAGUCCACAACACAAGUCCUGCUUCACCGACUUUAGGAAAACACUCUCGUGAUGAAAGCAAGUUUGAUCCAUCACAAUCACGGAGAAGAGAUGCUACUUUGCAGGACAGAGAAGGAGAGAGAUGUGUACUGAUUCCUAAGACAUUAAGGAUUCAUGAUCCAAAUGAAGCGGCUAAAAGCUCUAUAUGGUCGACAUUAGGUAUUAAGAAUGAGAAGAUUCAUUCGACUCACGGAACAAUGCUCUUCAGUUCCUUCAAUCCAAAAGCUGAUCUCAGAAAUCAUGAACGUGAUGCUUCUUUACUCUUACAAGCUAAUCCAGCAGCUUUGUCUAGAUCACUUAAAUUCCGCGAGAGCACCCAAUAAGAACUUACAACAUGAUUGCUAGUACCAAUCACUGAUGUUAGUGCAUCACCUAAUUGAUGUAACUGGGUUCAACCGUGGAAAUAGUCUCUUGCAGAAAUGCGCAUAGCAGGAGCUUAGUGAACUAGCCUGCCCUUUUUUGCUGUCUAGGAGGAGAAUGAGACAGUAUGGACAGAGUCUUGUUGAGAAUGAACUGCUACGUAGUCCUCUAGUUUGCAAGAAAGCAAUAGCUCUUCAAAAUACAAGCUUUUAUAGUUUUGCAGUAUGUGUACCUUUGUACAUAAACCUGUAGAGUUUUAAUAGAUAGAGAUAAAUAAGCUGCAGCUGGAGUUUUUACUGACUUCUGAUACUGAUAGUUGCAUUAUUUUUGUGAUAGGUUUAUCCUAAUCAUUAUGUGACUUUGUAAUUCUUGUAAAGAUUCACUUUUCUUGGCUAAGGAAUGAACUAAUCUUGAAUCUA